CUUUCAAAAUGGCGACGAUAACAGAAGACCGCAUGGUUGUGGAAGAUUUUUACGUGAUACCUGUCCAAUUCGACACCAGAUGUAAUCAUCCGCAUUACCUCUAUCUGAAGAAGCAUGUGACGCGAGAGAAUGAUGAGGCAAAACCAAAAGACAGAACACUUUUCAUUGUCAAUGUACCACCCUAUGCAACAGAGGAAAGUCUCAGACGAGUGUUCAGCAGCUGUGGAAAAGUGCUUAAGGUGUUUCUUCAUGAAAAACCCACAAAAGGUGAACCACCUCAAGAAAAAUCAAAGUUUUUUCCUGUUCACAGGCCUCCACAGGGAUUCAAAGUGGCUUACAUUGUUUUCAAGCAAUCAAAUUCUGUAGACAAGGCUUUGAAUCUGCCCUACAGCAAACCGUUAAUCCUGUCAACAUCAGAUGCACCAAUUGUCACUGGCAUUGCAAAAUGGAAAAGAGAAUACGUGGAUCGAACAUCUAUUGACAUAUCAGAGAUGAAGAGAGAAAUUGAUGAAUUCAUGAGUGACUUUGAUAAAUUAACUGCAGAGAAAGAGAAAAAGGCUAAGGAGAUGGAAGGACAAGCUGAUGAUGAAGGAUGGAUCACAGUGACACGUGUUGGUAAAAACAAAGGAGCUCCUCGCACAGAAGCAGAAGCUAAACGAGUCACAAGUAAAGACAAAAAAAGAAGGAAAGAAAAGGAGCUGAUAAAUUUCUAUUCUUUUCAAGUUCGAGAAUCCAAGAAGCAAGAAAUCAUGGAGCUUCGAAGAAAAUUUGAAGAAGACAAGCAGAAGAUUGCACUGAUGAAAGCUGCACGUAAAUUUAGACCAUACUGAUCUCAUUGUUGUGUUUUCAUGUAAAAGUGUCAAAAGAGAUGGCUGUGUCAAUCAUAUCUAACAUAUUUUACAACUGAGAAGUAUGGCAGACAAAAACAACCCAGAAAAGACUGAGCAUGCAACUACCCACGUAGAAAAUAUUGUUUAAUGUAAUUUUUUUUAAAAAUUGAGUGUAAUUUUUGUUCCUGUGAAAUAUUUGAAAACGAUGGAAAGAUAAUCCUUUUGUUUUCACUAAUUGGCAGUACAAAAAUCAAAUGCCUGUUGCAGCAAAACUGUAGAAGUUGUCAAUUUGAGAAACUGCUGCCUGUGAUAUGAUGUGCUGCAAAGCGAAAUAAUAAUAAAAAAACAAAACAAA